CAUUGCCCUGGUCGUGUUGAUUUGCAGUUCAGCGCGAUAAGACACUGACGUCAUGUGGUUUUGUUUCAUUCGAUCGUCAUGUACUAACGGUACAUUUAAAUGCACAACACUCACUACCUGCCUUCCAUAUGUCUCACCGCCGUCCAUGCCACUCUCUCUCCUACUCUGCAUAUAAUGGUACCCGGUAGAUGACGACAAUCGUGCAGUCCAUCAGAUGGGGAAUAAGGAAGGGUCGAAGGAUAUAAGCGAGGGGAAUCGGGAUGGGAGGAUGAGCGCUGUGGGGCUGGACCGUUGGGAAGGGUGCUACGGAAGUGCUAUUGCAGGAAGGGGUAUGGUGGAAGGACGACUGCGAGUGGAAUGGGAAUGUGAGUGAGGUGCAGUUCAGUGAAUGGGAGAUGCCAUUAGGACGUCCAGACGUACCUGCUUUGUUGCUCCUCCUCUACCCCUCAUCCGCGCUGGAGGUAAGUCUGCUUGAGAGUAAAGCAGAGCCAUCAGCAUCACUUGUCAACUAGACAUGUUACGAGCUCAUCACUCUCUACUGUAUCAUUUUAUUCACGUUGAAUUACUAUGUCUCCUCGUAUCGAUGCGUG